AUGUGGCCGACGUAUAUUAGACAAAAAAUAUCAUUUAUAUUACUUUUUUUAAUCACUCCAAAUGUCAUUGGUGAUGAUAAUAAUCAUGACAUUGAGCCUUUACGGGUUUGUGGAUCGUCAACGCAGGAUUCUCCGUCCACCAGAUUGGUCUUCAUAAGCACAUUAGAUGGAAAGCUGACCGCUCUGGACAUUCUAAAUAAGGGAGAAAAAAAAUGGUCUAUGGAUUUUGAUAAUGUUCCUCUAGUUUCUUCAAGUAUUCACAAAAGAGAAUUGAACGAAGAUGGUCAUUGGGUAAAAUUGAUCCCAUCAUUAAACGGUGGCUUAUACAAAUUCAAUGGCGACACAGUAGAACAAAUUCCCAUUUCAACUGAUCAAUUGCUCUUAUCAUCCUUUCGUUACUCAGAUAACCUAGUAUUUUCCGGGGGUAAAGAAAUUCAAACCUACGGUAUCGUAUCAGACACGGGAAAGCUUUUAUACCAUUGCACCAGUAGCGGUUGUAAUAACAACACCGACGGUGAUAGAUUGCACAACGACGUGUUGGUAAUCCAACGAGUCCAGCAAACAAUCCGUGCCGUUGAACCGACAACCGGUACCGAAAAAUGGAAUUACAGCGUGGGUACCCAUGAACUAAAUUUAAUCCCUACGGAAAAACCUUGCCAUAAACAUCCAGGUCAUCACACUAACCACGACAAUGACAAUAACAUUGAUAUCAAAGUAGUGAUUCCUCAGGGACUAAUUUGGGCGGUUGAUAAGAAGAAUCCCUCGGAAAUUCUUUGGCGCUACCAAUUCGAUGCCCCAAUUGUAACCGUAUGGCAGCAAACGCAUGAUUACUCCUCAAACGGACAUUACUAUGACACUGUUAAGGAACUAAAUUUAUUUGAUAACAAACAGUGGUCCUGGGGCCAAGAUUACCCAAUUAACCCUUCGAUAUACAUCGGAAUGUAUGAACGCCAGGUUUAUGUUCAAGAGAGCAAUGUUGAUAAGUUUUUCGCGCUAACCGAUUUAACCAAUAACCGCAAAAGCGUUCAAAACACCAAAAACCAAAUUAAUAACAACAACAACAACAACAACAACAACAACAAUGUUUAUCCCUGGAGACCACAUCCAGCUCAUGAAAAUGCUGUUUUGCGCGUUGAAAAUAACCCCGAAAACGUUGAAAUUAGUAGCAUUAACGUUGACGAUUCAACGGCAGCUGGUUUGUCAAUUUUGUACAAUUCUGGGUACAUUGACGGCAACGGGUACUAUUUAUACGCUAAAGAACAGUCGAACAAUUGCAACAAUACCACUAGCAAUAACUUAUUGAAUGACAGUGAUGAUGCCAUACCUUUAAAAGACUCUGGGUCUAAUUCUAAAGCUGAAGAUGAAACUUCAUUAGAAACCAUUAUUGAAUCCCUUUGGAUUUGGUGGAAAGAGAUAGUGCUUCUAAUAAUUGGUACAAUUCUGCUAAACAUACUUACCCAGCAAUUAAUAACAUCGAAAUUCGAUAACUUAAGAUGGGGCUAUUCGCCGCCAAUUAUUGUAGAAAAAUACGCAGACCCUGUAAUUCCGCCAAAAGAAACGGUACCGGUUAGUUGUGAGAAUAACAAUGUAGAAUUUGACUCUCCGUACUCUGCUAGGUUUGAAACGAUAAACUGUUUGGGUAAAGGUGGAUACGGAGUUGUAUUCGAGGCUAAAAACAAAAUUGAUGAUUGCCACUAUGCUAUAAAACGGAUAUCCUUACCAGAUACACCAACUUCGCGUGCUAGAGUAAUGAGGGAAGUUAAAGCACUUGCUAAGUUGGAUCAUCAGAAUAUUGUUAGGUACUUUCAUGCUUGGUUUGAAUGUCCUCCUCUUGGUUGGCAGAAGCAACACGAUUCUGCUAUCAAACAGCUUAUGUCUAAUUCGGUGUUUUCGUCCGAAGAUUCGUGCUUGGAAUCACGUCCUGUUAGAACUACUACAAGGGAUAGUAAUUCUGUUUGCAUUGAUGUUCCUAUCAGUGGGUUAGAUUUGAUUGAGAAGGAAUUGGAGAGCAAAAGCCAAUUGUUGAGCGACAAUGACUCGUUUAUUGUAUUUGAUACGGACAAAUCGGCUUCUACUGAUCAGUCCGAUGAAGUCGAUGAUGAUGAUGAUGAUGAGGAUGAUGAUGAUGAUGAUGAUGAUGAUGAAGCUUUAAAAGUUGAUGGCAAUUGGAAAGCAGAAAAGUCAGUGUCUGAUUCGAUAGUCUUCCAAAUGAGCGAUUCGAAGGAUAAGAAUGAGGAAGUAGAAUCUGAUGAGACUGAUGAUGAAAAUCAAAAAAAUGUUAAAGUUAAGAAGAAGCCUGAUUGUAACAAAAAAUCUGCCAAGAUGUUCUUUUACAUUCAAAUGCAAUUGUGCCAAAGAUUGAGUUUGCAGGAUUGGUUGAGGAACACAAGUAACUCAGGCAGAGAUCGUAAGGAAGUAAUUAACAUUUUCCAGCAGAUUGUUGAUGCUGUUGAGUAUGUACAUUUGCAGGGACUAAUCCACCGGGAUCUAAAGCCAUCGAAUAUCUUGUUUGCGCAUGAUAAUAAAAUUAAGAUCGGGGAUUUUGGAUUAGUCACCGCGAGGACUGAAGAUGAUGUUGUUUGCGUUGAUGGGAAUACUGAUGAUGAUGAUAGUAGUAGCGAAAGUAAUUUGAGAGUUAAGAAACAUACUGCUAAUGUUGGAACGCAUUUGUAUAUGUCGCCGGAACAAGUUAACGGGGUGAUUUAUGACUAUAAAGUUGAUAUUUACUCACUUGGGAUCAUUCUGUUCGAAUUGCUUGUUCCGUUUUCCACUGGUAUGGAGAGGAUAAUGAUUCUUGGGAGCUUGAAGAAGAAUAUUUACCCGAGUGAUUUUGCUGCUAAACAUCCUAAAGAGUAUGAUUUAUUGAAAAUGAUGCUCGAUAAGGAUCCAAGAAAACGACCAACGGCGAUAGGUAUUAAAGCUCGUCCACCCCUGUCCAAUGACCAAAAUAUAACAGAUACAAAGUACCAUUUUGCAUUGCCACAUGUAACCAGACAUUCUUCGAGUGUAAGUAGUAGUAACAGCGCUAAUUCAUCGGAAUUGAUAAAUUCUUCUUGA